UUUCAUCAGUCUACCUCGAUUACUCAGUUAAAGAAACUGGCAGUGUCGAGCGUAUGCCAACAUGUAUCCCACGUAUCAAUCAUGGGCACCGCGUCCAAACCGUAACGUAUCUAAACGUGUAGCAAGCCCCAUAUUUAUUUUCACGGUCGCCGUCAACAUUGGCUUGAUUGGGUCGCACACUGCACCAGAGGCACUGACUGCACGCAACACUUUCCGCUCUGUUGUCCCUCUCCACCUCGUGAUCCAUGUCGUGAUCUGUCAGCGUUGUCUGUCCGUGCUCAGUGCUGUCGUCUCUCCGCUGUGUUGUGUGCGCGAUUGCGUGUGUGCAGUGAGUGUGCCAACGGUGCCCUUUGUGCUGGUCCUGUGUGUUGCGCUGUGAAAUCGGUGGGUGUAAAUCGAGUGCGCGCGCGAUGGAUCCCGAACAUCGCAGGAAGCUGAGGGAUCCCGACUUGAUCAGCGCCAUGGUGGCAUGCAUCGAUUUCGAUGCUUUAGCGCCCAGUUUGCACUCCAGAGGCGUCCUGACGGCCGCGAUGGUAGACGACAUUAAGGAAAAGACAGACCUGAACGAGCGCAACCUGUGCCUGCUGUACCGACUUCCCAAGAGAGGGCCUCUGGCCUUUGACCGCUUUGUCUCCAUCCUUCGAGAGAAUCGCAUGUUCCAGGCGGUCCACCUGCUGACCGGGGAGCCUCAGCCAGAACCGCCCGCCUCCAGUGUGGUGCAGCCUCCCCCACAUCAUGGGGCUCGGCCUUUUGGCGGCGGCGAUGCCCGCCUUGACUCUGCUCACAAUGGUCACGGAACAGUAGCUGAAGCCACCGACUCUGAGUUGCAUGUGGUUCCAGCCAAGGAGCUGAGGCAUGGAGAUGAUGUAUACACCAUGAUUCAUUCACCGAGAGGCAUGUGCAUCAUCAUCAACAACAUUGAUUUUGGACGUUACGCUGAGCGGCGCGAUGGGUCGGAGCACGAUGUGCGUCGCAUGAAGGCCCUCUUUGAGAAAUUCCACUUCAACUGCAUUGUGCGCUCUGACCUGUCUGCAUCCCAAAUCAAGACUCUCCUGUCAUGGGCAGCCCAACCAAAACAACAGGAGGGGGCCGACUGCCUGGUGGUAAUUCUGAUGUCACAUGGCAAGAAGGACAUGAUUGAUGGCAUAGACGGUGAGCAGGUACACCUGGUCGAUGAUGUGUUCACGCUGUUCAACAACGAGAAAUGCCCAGCCCUGCAAGGAAAGCCCAAGCUGUUCUUCAUACAGGCCUGUCGGGGAACCAAGGACGACAGUGGAACCGGCACCGUCGUGUUUGACACCGCAGAUGCUGGGCCAAUACCGGCUGAAGUGCCUCAGUCAUCCUCGGCGCGACAGGAGCGUUUGGCCACUUGGUCGGACAUGUACAUCGCCUAUGCAACCAUUCCCGGCUACAAGGCACUCAAGAACAGUACUAUUGGGUCGUGGUUUCUCGCAGAUGUCUUCUCAGUGUUCAGUGAAAAUGCUGGCAUCAUGCACCUGGAGACGAUGAUGCGCCAUGUCCAAAAUAAAGUCCUGGCUCGGUCCGCCCACGACGGCAGCAAGCAGACGUGCAGUGUGGAGUUGCAAGGCUGGACGAAAAAGCUGUACUUCAACCCGGGAUUCUUCGUUGACCACAGGCCAGAGCAAGCCGAAGUACUACACACUGCCUUGUAGGUUUCAUUGUGCGUGUUAACUGUAUUUUGAACAUGCCAGAGCGUUGACAAUCAUUCUCUUUCGUAAAUCUGAAGUGUACCUGUGAGAAUAUCCUAACGUAUGCUCAAUGCCAGCCUUACUGGAAAGGCUGCAUCGAUGGGAUGAGUGCAUGCGCUGGAGCCAUUGGUGAAAGAGAAGGCCACUUGGCCGAAACAGCCGAGCUCCUCCGUGGGUGAUUUUGCUUCUUUUGUGAAUGUGCCAACAGUUGGGGUGAAUGACUACUGAACCAAGUAAGGCUACAUGGAUUCAUGCAAGAAUCAAUUUGACAUUCACUCUGUUGCAAAACAAUCCAUGUGACAUUGUCUUCCCCGCUUCUUUGUAGAGUCAUGCUAACUUAAGGUGUGAUCUUCACAUGCAUAAUGUCAGUGGAACAAAAUGGCCAGUGCUGAAAUCUCUGAGCCCACUCUUUGCUCUAACUUGCUUCUGUGCAUCCAACGCAAGUAUGUUUUCUAAGCUUAGCUGCAAUGGAAUGGAAUAGUCCUAUCACUAAGGUAAAGCAAUAGAACUCUGGAGCAAAAUCUUUGAACUUUUGGUAUAUACAGUUCAUACUGACCUUACACAAUCUUUAGUCUGACAAGGCAAAUGAGCUCCAUGUAUUAACAUUUCAGUCCUGACAAUCUUCAAGCUCAUUCUGUGUAUCUGGCCACUGCUUCGCUUUGCAACUGCAAUCACAGAUUGAUAAUUUGGGCUCACAGAGGAACAUCCUAAAGGUUCAAGUGAUUGGGAGUUGACAAUUGUGCCUUAUGCUAUAUAUUCAAUUCCAUAUUAUCUCUAGUGUCUGUGUCAUGCUCACUGUUGCACUAUCAAUUGCAGCAGGCAACCCGAGAGUGUGAACCACAGAGGUGACUUAUAUUUGAUAGUGACUUGGAUAAUAUUACAACUGCUGAAGCUGCGGACACUUUAGCAUGGUUCAGUGAUAUCACACAAGUCUGCUGUCUUCUUUUUGUUGUUCAAGUAUGCCAGUUAGCGCAAAUACCUGUAAGUCAGUUUUACAAAAUAUAUCAGAACACUGUGUUUAGAACUGUGAAGGUUAGGAGUUAUAGCACAUUGCUUCAUUGCUCAAUGUAUUCAGAUGAUAACAGAGCAAAACAUACCCGUGGCUGGACACCGUAAACAGGCUUGGUCAAGUGUCUCUAUAGUGUGUCAGUGACAUGGGCUAGUGAAAGGUGCUGUUGAGGGAACUUGAAAUGGUAAUAACGGACUGUUUCUGCGAGAUUACUGUGUGCACUAGUACUUACAUAGUGGAAAGCAUUGAAUAUAAUGUGGCCAAUGUGACUAUCGUGUCUUACCUCAACCUGAUGUUUUUGAAAGUAGGUUUUAUUUAGUGAGGCAGUGUUAUGACCACAUUCUUUUGUUGUUGCAUGGUGGCAGACUUCCAGUGCGUGUACGUCCCUUUAUUUUCAUUCACACGCCUGUUUUUUCAGCACUGUCGUUGAUCUCUUCAAUUUUGUACAUCAACAGGUAGUUACUGCGGCUACUCUAUGCAUAGAACUGUAUGAAGAUGAGCUGUUUUGGAUGAGCCGUUUGAUGGUGAUCCUCCUAUGUCAAAUUCAGUGAGGUCCUCUAAGGUUUCAGUAGAACUUAUUGCUUCUCGAUUGCACGCCACACAGGCACCACCAUCUGUAAGGCCACCCAUAGAUUUACCUUCAUUGUGGGCCAGUGUUGUCAUCGUGCAGAAUGUGCUGUAAUGGUCGAUUGCGCUUUCUGCACUUCAAGCCAUUGUUCACACCAACACAAAAACUACUGCUUUUCCUACUGGUAGGAAAACGCUGUAAGUGCAACAGUGUAGUGAUGCAAGUUUGUCAGUCAUUCAUUUUAAGAGAAUGCUGACCAGUGAGAAAAUUUAGUGUUUGAACAGGCCAGCAUCACCUGCAAAUUUGUCCAUGUUUCUUGCGUUUUUUGUAUUAUUGCUGUGCAAAAUUACAUACCAUGUUGAAGCGAGGGGUGCGCACAUAUAAAUUUUUUUUAAUUCUAAGGUGAAUUGGAAUAACAAAAAGAAAUAGCAAACUUAAUGCAUUAAGCUUUUUAGCAAAGAGAUACAAAAAAUGCAAGUUUAUUUCACAGCAAGUAGGUAAUAUACCGCAAUUAUUAUAAUAGUACAGAACUAUUGGGCUUCACAGUUUCCGGACUACAGUUAUUUAAUGUCAUUGUGAAGAUAAAUUAGCUGCUCCACAUGUCUGGGGAGCAAUUACAACCUUCAGCACGUCACAGCUCCUCCGGAUUCCAAGAACAACCGCUCGCUAGGCACACUAGUGUGUGGCAUUGGCAGGUGUCUCUCGGAAAGCAGGGCCAACAGCGGGUAGCUCUGAUUAUCAUGCUUACACGACCACUAGCAUGGGUCUUCUCUUCAUGAAACUUCAUCAUGCACACGCCUUUCAAUAUCUGCUUGUGGCGGUUAAAGAGUGCUGCUCUUUUUUCAACCUCUCAUUCUCUCCAUGCAGCUGGUGUAAAAGGAGUCUUCAGGCAGUUCAUUUGUUGAGGGCCCUCUGGGUGUCCUGUAGGAGUUUCUCUCGCUUCUUCUAAAACCAGGCAUUUAAACCAGUUUUGGCAAUGAGGCAUCGCGGUGGUGCACAACGAGGGCCUAAAAACAUUGCCAAGCUUGCUACUUCGUCAAACUUUUAGUUUGGGAACCAUCUUUUUAGGCACUUGGCCAAGUUGGUAGCAAAUGCAGCCACUUCCGCCUGGCUGUUGUUUGUUGAGGCACAUAAACAAACGGUACAGAAUGGGCACAUGAGCCAAUAGUGCACAAUGGUCAUUGGUGCCAGCAACGGUUGUUGCGUCUAAUGGUUUGGAGUAGAGGCGUACCUCUUCAUUUGGUGCAAUUAGAACCACUAAACUAUUAAGGUGCCCAUGUUCCCAUGCAAGAUCUGUAAUGGUGGCAUCUCUAAGCUCAAUCUCAACAACAUUCUGAGUCCUCUAUUUCAUCUUGUUUCAUCGUUUUGUAUGACAUGCAAUGGUGAUUUCUCCAUCCUUUUGUGGCAGCGAUUAAACCUUUCUUGUGCCUUUGGGCUGUGCUUUGUAAUGGCCAACAGUCGGGUUUUUUUUUGCAUGCUGUAGCAAGAUUGGGGGUAGCAUCUUUGGCAUGACUGAUGGCCAACUGCAAAGUAUAGGCAGAACAAGCUCUCUCGUGCCACAACCAUUCGUUAGUGGCACGGGAGGACUUGUUUCCAAAUAUUUGUUGACGCCAAGUUGCCGAGGAUGUCUCCAUCGCCUCGUUGAGCUUAGAGUCACAAGGCUUAUUGACACUUUUUUGUUGGCUGAUUGCUGCCUGCCUUUCAGUGAUGACAGUUCUUGUUGCUUCUGUGGACGUGACCGGAAAACUUGCUGCACCAUCAAUCUUUGUCGGGUGCUCCUUUGUGGCUUCUGAGACCAUUUUUACAGCUCCUGCUCUUGAGUAUGUUGCCUUAUGGCAUAUUUGGUUGGCCGCUAUGGUCCUCUGGCUCAGAGUCAGCAGAUGCAAAGGCAGCCCGCAAUCAGGAGCGCAUGAGACCAAUGAAAUGCAUUUAACAGAAUGCAUCGGUUAUCUUGGAGCACCUAAGAGCAGCGUGUCUUCUGUAGUGCCACCGUGCCGCCAGCACGGGAAGCCCCCGGGUAAACAUUCGGGCACCACAUCUAGUACAAAUGGCGUCGCCCAGCUCACUGGCCAGUUCCGACAUGUCUGGACGCAGUGACAGCCCUCUUAGCCCAGCACUUCCGUUUCGACAUGGUGCAAUUAUGGCUUGGUAGAUGUAAGCUCGCCACACAAACGCUUCAAAACGCCACGUACAUAAUCCAACACAUGUGCCCGAACUAUCACACGUGCGGUGCUGUCCCCUUCCGUUAGCAUUUCUGUGGCCUCAUUCUUUGCGGUGCACCAAGCUCGGUUUCUACCAGUGCCCAUUCCUUCCAUGCACAAUAGAGAUGCGGGAAAAAUGGAGUUAAAAAAAUUAGCCACAUUCAGCAGCUUUUACGAAUCAGAAAGAGUUACAAUCACGCAUUUUCAACACUAGAGAACAGAGGGCAGAAUGAAAGAUGCGUCCUACUUAAGUGCUGCAUAGUCACUGCUGCAUAGUAACUGCUAAAUAGCCUAUUGAACUGUCUACAAGCUUUCAGAGUGUGGUUAAAAGCAGCGCAUUGAUCAAGCGGAUGCUUAAACUCAUGGACAACUUUCUUGGUUACGAAGAGAAGGCAACAGGGGGCAAGCUUUUCCUUCAGACUUGUGUUGCACCUCCAGUAAGCAGUGGGCAGUAGUUUGAGACACUAAGGGGAACAUGAACCUGAGCUAUAACGUAUGGAUAGGGCAGUGAUGUAAUAAACAAUUACGGAAAUGGCAUUGUGUAAAGCCCAUGUCUCAAUGCCUUUCACUCAUAAGUGCCCUUAGCCAAACAGAAAAAACAUGAGAGAAAGGAAACGAACAAAGCAUCCUGGGUAUUCCAAAGCACUCCUCUUGUUUUUACUGCACUCAAAUCUUGGUCAGAGCCAAGCUCAAGUAUCAGGCUGCGGAUGUUGUCAUUUUUCCCAUCCCUGCCCACGAUUCAUUUUCUAUUCAUCCCACACAAGCCUAGUUCUAUGGCCAGUUUCCCUCGCCUUCUAAAUCAGUUCAUGCUAGCAAAGUUUUUACUACGACCUAAG